AUGGAGAAACUUUUAAAAAUUGCUUGCAUUCAGUUGAAAGUUGGGACUAACAAGACUGAAAAUGUCACGAGGGCAAUUGAAAAAAUUCGAGAAGCCAAAGUGAAAGGCGCUGAGUUAGUGACUUUGCCAGAAUGUUUUAAUUCUCCUUAUGGUGCCAACUUCUUUCAACAAUACGCAGAGUCAGUUCCGGAUGGUGAAACAUCAAGACGUUUGUCAGAAAUCUCAAAGGAACUUGGCAUUUAUAUAAUUGCUGGGUCAAUUCCUGAAUCGAAGGUGAACAAAAUUUACAACACUUCGACGAUUUGGGAUCCUAAUGGAAAUCUUAUCGCAACAUAUCGAAAGAUGCAUUUAUUUGACAUGGGCAUGCCUUAUGUGUCAGGAGAAAUCCCAUUCAAAGAAUCAGAUUCUUUAGCUCCUGGAAACAGUUUCACAACUUUCGAUGUAAAAGAUUUCAAAAUUGGUGUAGGAAUUUGUCAUGACAUUCGAUUUGAUGAGUUCGCAAAGGUUUAUCGGAAGAAAGGUUGCAACUUACUGGUCUAUCCUAGUGCUUUUGACAUGAAAACGGGAGCUUUACUUUGGGAAGUGUCAACGAGAGCGAGAGCAAACGAUAAUCAAUGUUACGCGGUUUCGAUAUCCCCGGCUAGAAAUGAAAAUGCUGACUAUCUUGCAUGGGGUCAUACAAUGAUUGUUGAUCCGUGGGCUAAAAUAGUGCAAAUAGCUGGAAGCGAAGAAGAAGUUCUUAUGGCUGAUUUAGAUCUUUCCCUUGUUGAUGAAGUUCGUGCUAAUAUUCCGAUCUUCAAUCAACGACGAAGUGAAAUUUAUGACACGAUUGAGAAAUGA